CUCAUUUUAUUUUUGGAGAGCCUCGUGUCAUUCAUGAGUUCUAAAGUUGAACAGACUCACAAAUUUUUUUUUAUAGCUCAGGUGCAAGGGCUCAGUCAAACACGUUGUUACUCAUAAACCCUAGCUCUACAGGCGACGUUUACGUUCAGCGACAAUUAAAACACCGACACACACGUAGAUCUCGAAACAAUUUUCAAUCGAAUAUCAAUUUCAAUCCCUUUUCGUGUUUUGAUUUGAUAAAUUAAUUAAAGCCUCGUAGAAUUUCAGUAACAGUCGUACCACAGUCUUCAAUUCAUCGGAUUACUCAUCGUUUCGAUAUACUUUUGUUUGCCACCUUCGAAUUCAUCUCCUCAAUGGAGGACGCGUACGCCAGAUCCAUCAGAGAGGUUCUGGAAUUCUUCAAUGUGGAACCAACGAAAGGUCUUACAGAUUUCCAGGUUGCAGAACAUUCAAGAAUUUACGGUAAAAACGCUCUGCCUCAAGAGGGAAGCACUCCCUUUUGGAAAUUGGUGCUGAAGCAAUUCGAUGAUUUGCUGGUUAAGAUAUUGAUUGCAGCUGCCAUUGUUUCUUUUCUUUUGGCUUUGGUUAAUGGAGAGACAGGCUUAACAGCAUUUUUGGAGCCUUCUGUUAUCCUAAUGAUAUUGGCUGCAAAUGCAGCAGUAGGAGUAAUCACAGAAACAAAUGCUGAAAAGGCUCUUGAGGAACUCCGUGCUUACCAAGCUGAUGUUGCAACUGUCCUGCGAAAUGGUUGCUUCUCCAUAUUACCCGCAACAGAUCUUGUCCCAGGGGAUAUUGUAGAAGUUAGUGUGGGAUGCAAAAUUCCAGCAGAUAUGAGAAUGAUUGAGAUGUUGAGUGAUCAUUUACGUGUUGAUCAAGCAAUUCUCACAGGUGAGAGCUGUUCUGUAGAAAAAGAGCUUGAUGCCACCUUGGCAACAAAUGCAGUGUACCAAGACAAGACAAACAUCCUAUUUUCGGGAACAGUAGUUGUCGCUGGUAGGGCAAGAGCUGCUGUUGUUGGAGUUGGCUCUAACACUGCAAUGGGCAGUAUACGUGAUGCUAUGUUGAGAACGGAAGAUGAGGUGACACCCUUGAAGAAGAAGCUAGAUGAAUUUGGUACUUUCUUGGCCAAGGUUAUUGCUGGUAUUUGUGUAUUGGUAUGGAUUGUAAACAUUGGUCAUUUUCGUGAUCCUGCCCAUGGUGGCUUCUUCCGGGGCGCAAUUCAUUACUUUAAGAUUGCAGUUGCUCUUGCAGUUGCAGCAAUUCCUGAAGGUCUUCCUGCUGUUGUUACAACGUGUUUGGCUCUUGGAACAAAACGAAUGGCUCGGUUAAAUGCUAUUGUUAGGUCUUUGCCAUCUGUAGAGACUUUGGGAUGCACAACAGUAAUUUGCAGUGAUAAGACUGGCACUCUGACUACCAAUAUGAUGUCUGCCUCAAAGAUAUGUGUGCUUCAGUCUGUAAACCAUGGUCCUAUUGCUACUGAAUACAGUGUCAGUGGAUCUACAUAUGCACCAGAAGGCUUUAUUUUUGACACAAGUGGAAUGCAGCUUGAGUUUCCAGCUCAAUUGUCUUGUCUUCUCCAUAUAGCAAUGUGUUCAGCGCUUUGCAACGAAUCUGUUAUACAAUACAAUCCAGAGAAGGGGAAUUAUGAAAAAAUUGGGGAGUCAACUGAAGUAGCCCUUCGUGUACUGGCAGAAAAGGUUGGAAUUCCUGGUUUUGAUUCUAUGCCAUCAGCUCUGAAUAUGCUGAGCAAGCAUGAACGAGCAUCUUACUGUAAUCGUUAUUGGGAGAAUCAAUUCAGAAAGGUCUCUCUUUUGGAAUUUUCUCGUGAUCGCAAAAUGAUGAGUGUUCUUUGCAGCCAAAAGCAGAUGGAGAUUAUGUUCUCUAAAGGUGCCCCAGAGAGUAUAAUUUCUAGAUGCACUAAUAUUUUGUGCAAUGACGAUGGUUCCACUGUUCCGCUGACAGCUAAUAUCCGAGCAGAGUUGGAGUCGAGAUUCCACAGUCUUGCAGGAAAUGAAACUUUAAGAUGUCUAGCUCUAGCCUUGAAAAGGAUGCCCGUGGGUCAACAAUCUUUGUCUAUUGAUGAUGAAAAAGACCUUACAUUUAUUGGGUUGGUUGGAAUGCUUGAUCCACCUAGAGAGGAAGUAAAAAAUGCUAUACUUUCAUGCAUUACUGCUGGCAUACGUGUUAUAGUAGUCACAGGAGAUAAUAAGGCCACUGCAGAAUCCCUAUGUCGAAAGAUAGGUGCUUUUGAUCACUUGGAAAAUUUUGUUGGACACUCUUACACUGCAUCUGAGUUUGAAGAACUUCCAGCAAUGCAGCAAACGGUGGCAUUGCAACGCAUGACACUCUUCACCAGGGUUGAACCAUCUCACAAAAGGAUGCUGGUGGAAGCAUUACAGCACCAAAAUGAAGUGGUUGCAAUGACUGGUGAUGGAGUCAAUGAUGCACCUGCACUAAAGAAAGCUGAUAUUGGAAUUGCCAUGGGAUCAGGAACAGCAGUUGCCAAGAGUGCGUCAGACAUGGUUUUGGCUGAUGAUAAUUUUGCUACAAUUGUUGCGGCUGUUGCAGAGGGGAGAGCUAUAUACAAUAACACGAAGCAGUUCAUCAGAUACAUGAUAUCUUCAAACAUUGGUGAAGUAGUUUGUAUUUUUGUGGCAGCUGUACUUGGAAUACCCGAUACACUUGUACCUGUCCAGUUGCUCUGGGUAAAUUUGGUUACUGACGGAUUGCCUGCCACUGCUAUUGGUUUUAACAAGCAAGACUCAGAUGUGAUGAAGGCGAAACCUCGCAAAGUUAAUGAAGCAGUUGUCACUGGGUGGCUCUUCUUUCGUUAUUUAGUUAUUGGAGCUUAUGUUGGACUUGCAACUAUUGCGGGGUUCAUAUGGUGGUUUAUUUACUCUGAUAGUGGGCCUAAAAUACCAUACAGUGAAUUGAUGAAUUUUGACAGUUGUUCAACACGGGAAACUACUUAUCCAUGUAGUGUAUUCAACGACCGGCAUCCAUCAACUGUGUCAAUGACAGUGCUUGUUGUAGUAGAGAUGUUCAAUGCCUUGAAUAAUCUCAGUGAAAAUCAAUCCCUUCUUGCCAUCCCUCCCUGGAGUAAUUUGUGGCUUGUUGCUUCAAUCAUUCUGACUAUGUUUCUUCACAUACUUAUUUUGUAUGUGCAACCACUCUCCAUUCUUUUCUCUGUGACACCAUUAUCUUGGGCUGAGUGGACUGUUGUCCUUUAUCUUUCAUUUCCUGUAAUAAUAAUUGAUGAAAUACUGAAGUUCUUUUCAAGGAGUUCUAGUGGUUUAAGAUUCAAUUUUAGAUUCAGAAGAGCUGAUUUACUUCCUAAGAGGGAAUUGCGCGAUAAGUGACAAGGGAGACUUGUGUGAACUAAAUAUUUCAUUGGCAAUGGUUUCUUCCAAAGGAGAAUGGGUCAUGCUUGUGGCCUUUUGUUAUUGAAAUGGAUUACGAAGCACCAGUUGGUGAUCCUGCCUUUCUCUUCUGCUUUCUGCGUUGCAAAUGCCGAAGAAGUUUUCCUGUACAAGUUCUGACUAUCCUAAUCUGCCGGCAUUUUAUCCAAACUUGUCUGUCGAGGUGCUAAUUUAAUGUUGUAACAAAUAGAAAUGAUGAAGCCCUGUUGAUUAGGGAUUUUAUACAAAAAAUCUGUUAUCUUUGACCACAAGUUUAUAGAAAAUUGAAGUGUUUGGCUGCAAAGACAUCUGUGCUCGGCUCACAUACUAUUCAUCUACAAAAAACUAAUUGAUUUGUUGGAAUUAUUGAGAGCACUCGCACUUUUAAUUAUCCGGAGAAUGUUGUUUUUGUAAUUAUACUGAGGUUAUUUCAAUCUAAACAUGUUUGGUUUUGUGCUCCUCA